AUGGAGAACGAUUCCGGCGCCAAGAUUGCCAUCCGUGGCAAGGGCUCCGUCAAGGAAGGAAAGGGCCGGUCUGAUGCAGCGCACUCCUCUAAUCAGGAAGAAGACCUGCACUGUCUGGUUAUGGCCGAAACGGAGGACAAGAUUAACAAGGCGAAGCAGCUGAUUCACAAUGUCAUUGAGACCGCUGCGUCGAUUCCAGAAGGGCAGAACGAGCUCAAGCGCAAACAGUUGCGCGAGCUUGCCGCCCUCAACGGUACCCUCCGUGACGACGAGAACCAGGCUUGCCAGAACUGUGGUAAGAUUGGUCACCGCAAGUACGACUGUCCUGAGCGCCAGAACUUCACUGCGAGCGUCAUCUGCCGUGUCUGUGGAAACGCUGGUCACUUUGCCCGCGAUUGUCCCGACAGGCAGAGGGGUGCCAACUGGCGCAACGAUGGGCCUCGUCCCGCUGGUAGAGUCGGCGGAGGCGAUGCUGUUGACCGUGAAAUGGAGCAACUCAUGCAGGAACUCGGCGGCGGCCCUGCCCCCGCACAGAUCGAAGCCGGCCCUGGCGCUUACAACGGCGGCGGCGGCGAAAACGCGAAACCGUGGCAGCGUGGACCUACCGGUGGUGCCGCCCCAUGGCGCUCUCGUGGCGACGAUGCGGGCGGUCAGCCUUCUGGCGGCGCUGCUCCUUGGGCCCGUGACCGCGGUGGUCGUGACAACUACGAUAACAGCAGCAACAAUUACGGUGGCAGCAAUGACUACUAUAACCAGCAGGGCUACGGACAGGCCGGCGGCGCCGCGCCAUGGCAGCAACAACAGCAAGCUCCCGGCACUGGGCAGGGCGCAUACGAUGCUUACGCAGCCUACUACGGCGCUGCUGCUGCCGCCGCCCCCGGUAUGGGCGCACCUCCAGGCCUUGCAGCACCUCCUGGUCUUGACAGCAACGGCAUCAAUGCGCUCAUUCAGCAGUACUCUGGACAGGCUCCUCCCCCGCCACCCAGUGGCGAGGCCCCUCCCCCUCCCCCUGGGGAUCAUCCACCACCGCCUCCUCCUGGCGAGCAGCCUCCUCCACCGCCACCAGCUUACUAG